AUGCAAUUGGAUGAAACAACAGAUGUUGCUGGAUUGGCGAUUUUGAUAGUUUUGGUCCGUUAUGUUUGGAAUUCUACCAUUGAAGAAGAUAUGCUUUUUUGCAAACCUCUAACCGAGAGAUCUACUGGUGAAAAAAUUUUCGAACUAUUAAAUAAAUAUAUGGAAGACCAUAGAUUAACUUGGGAUCUAUGUUCACAUAUUUGUACAGAUGGAGCAAAAGCAUUAUUGGCCUCAAACAAAGGGGUAGUCUCACGAAUAAAAGCAAUGGCUCCACACAUGCAACAUUCUCAUUGCUGCCUUCAUCGUUAUUAUGCACUCGUGGCAAAACGAAUACCAAAACUAUUAAAAGAUGUUUUGGAUGAAGUUGUGAAAAUUAUUAAUUUCAUUAAAUCUAAGGAAUUAAACUCAAGAUUAUUUACCUUGCUAUGUGAGGAAUUAUCUAGUAAUCAUAAACCCUUGCUUCUACAUGCAGAGGUGCGUUGGUUAUCGCGAGGGAAAAUCUUGAGCCGAUUUUUUGAAUUAAAAGAUGAAGUAAGGAUUUAUUUGAGUGAACGAAAAUCUGAGUAUGCCCAAAAAUUAAAUGAUCAAAACUGGUUACAAUUGGCAGCCUACCUGGCAGACAUUUUUGCAAUACUGAAUGAAAUUAAUAUAUCCCUUUAA